GUGGGCGGGGCUUCUUGUUCGGACCGCGCAAAGUCUCUGCUCUAGCCGCAGCUCACUGCGGUGAGAGUCUAAGAGAAAGAGGGAAUUCUGACAAGAACACGACAGGCCCCAAAGUCUGUGGGUCUGAUCUCUAGCCUGUUGGUGAACUGGGGAGCUCCAGCAUGCCGGACGAGCGGUCGUCGCCCAUGGCAACCGUUCGUUGAUCAACAAGUAAAGCGAGCAUACGUGUAUUUUCCACGUAUCCAGACGGCAGCAGUGUCUCAGAACAUUCUGUUCUCGGAGGCCAAGAAAGAGUUGUUCUCUCCUUCCUCUGGCUACAGGAGUCUGCAGGCUCGUCUAAAAGCUCAUUGGUCAGUUGGUGUGAUUCGGGAUGAAGUCACUUUAGAGAAAGUGGGCGGAGCCAGAAUGGUUGUGUUUGGUUGUCCGCGAGACAAGUUCUCUGUUGCCGAGUUCACAGCUCUGAGGAGCUAUCUGGAGGGAGGUGGGAGUGUAGUGGUGAUGUUGGGUGAAGGAGGAGAGACAAAACUGGGAACUAACGUCAAUUUCCUACUCGAGGAGUUUGGAAUUGCUCUCAAUAGUGACUCAGUCACACGAACGGCGUACCACAAGUUCCACCACCCAAAGGAGGCUCUGGUGACUAAUGGAGUCCUCAACAGGGAGCUGGGCAGAGCUGCCGGCAAGUCUGACCACACCCACAGUGACUCCGUCAACACCACAUUAUCACAGAAGUCUCUGUCAUUUGUGUAUCCAUUCGGAGGAACUCUAACUGUCCAGAAGCCAGCGGUGUCCCUCCUCUCAUCUGGGUCAACCAGCUAUCCUCUCUGCAGACCUGUGGCUGCCUUCUGCCACAGUAAGAAUGGGCGUGGUCGACUGCUGGUACUAGGCUCCGCCCACCUGUUCUCAGACCAGUAUCUGGACAAAGAGGAGAACGGGAGGCUCCAGGAGGUGCUAUGGCAACUUAUGACAUCAGAUGACAUCACCCUCAAUGCCAUUGAUGCUGAAGACCCCGAGGUGUCAGACUACCAUUUCCUGCCCGAGACAGGACAGGCAGCUGAGAGAGUUCAGAGCUGUCUCCAGGAGUCUGAAGAGGUUCCCAGGGAGUUCUCAUCUCUCAUUGACCACUCUCUCUUCAGAAUGGACAUGUCUGUUCUUCCGGACUGCCUGCAGGCCUACACAGACCUGGGACUGAAACAUGAGACGCUGACGCUCAUCCAGCCUACAUUUGAGACACCUCUCCCUCCUCUGCAGCCAGCCCUCUUCCCUCCGUCCCUCCAUGAGCCUCCUCCCCCCUCCCUCGACCUCUUUGACCUUGACCAGGAGUUCUCCUCCGAGAGAACUCGCAUCGCUCAGAUCACCAACAAAUGCUCAGAUGAGGAUCUGGAAUACUAUGUCCGACAGUGUGGUGAUAUCAUGGGUGUGUCGUCACGGUUACCGAGUGACAAGCGAACUGCUAAACACAUUCUUGAGCAUGUCCUGACACAAGUUGCAGAGUUCAAGAAAUCGACACAGACUUAGCCACCCACAGUACUACGUGUAACACAUCAACAUGUUGACUUUGUGAAAUUCUAAAUGAUGCACAUCAAGAUAUACAUACAUACACAGACAGUGUGGUAUAUUCACAUAGUGAUGGUUUUGUCUACUAUGUUCUUGGGCUAUGACUCUGUGACAGUAUGAGGGAAGGGGAGGGAGGAGAAAAACAGUCGUACAUACAGAUGCAAUAGCAAGACAGACUGCUAUAUAUGCACAUAAACUUCACUGCCAAAGAGCCAAGAGUGGCAAACAGGCUGGGUUUAGCUGCAUGCAACUGAGGGGACAGGACAGCAGUAAUGGAGAAUCAAUGAUUUUAUACCAUAAGGAAAACAAUGGCGUCAAUGUUUUUGAGGAAAGUUUAGAAAGGUAACAGGUGGAGAAAAAAGGGGCGUAACACGUUUUAUGCGGCCUUUCCCAUUUGGAGCGCACCUUCCUCAAAGCUGGCUGUCAUG